AAGAACGUGCCAUAAGAGAUCUUUUUAUUUACGCUUCUGUUUUCAUAUUUCGCAAUCUGGCAAUCGUAUUAUAAAAAUAGUUUAAAUCAUUCUUAAAUCAUUACUCGCUGUGAUUCCGGCACGCGUAUAUAAAAGAGAAACAACAGUGGAAGAAAUAUAACGUACCAUUAAAAACGACUAUCAGCUACCAUAAAAUAUGAAAUUCCUUGGCUUCAUGAUAAUAUUAAGCUUGGCAUUCAUCUGUACUGCUGAGUCACUGUGUGGUAUGCGAUCUUGUGCGGAGGGAGAAUGCUGUUUUGCACAAGGAAUACUUAAAAAGUGUGUAAAGAAACCAUUAGAAGGUAAUACUUGCAACAAAUAUUGUGGUUGCGUCGAAGGUUUGGUUUGCGAUCCUAAUGAUGACGGUCGUGGAACUUGUAGAAAACCAGAGAUGAAGUAACAUCUGUCUCAGUGAAUUUUAAAAAAAGAGCUCUACAGCACUUCACAAAAGACAUCUUAAAAAAAGAAAAAUAAAUCGAGAAUCUAAUUUUUUAUAGCAAGUUAAGCACCGAAAUCUUUCUGUAUUACUCUGAAACAAACUGAAGUUGCAAACAUUUCGAGCUUCCGAAGAUUUAUAAGCAUUGAUUUUAUCUAAAUCAUACAACAUAAUUUAUAAAAUAUAAAGGCUCAAAAUAAUUAUUAUUUUGUCGUUAACUAUUAUUAAGCAGAGUAAUUUUAAUGGAUUCAUUUAAAAUCAAAUUUUUUCUACAAGCAUAUUUGUAUUUUGUAUUGCAUUUCAGCAAGUAAAUUUCUCUUAAAUAUUGCAUUGAAUUUGUUUCUGAAUGUACAGAAAUAAUGUAUAGCUUAUAUAACUAUAUAUGAAGUUGUUUAGUUGCUUUACUUGAAAUAGAUCUUUACAAUUAGUAAAUAAAGAAGAUGGUCGUUUAUAAGGAA